AUGAAUAUUUUGCGCUCAACUGGGAGCUUGUCCCGGGCUUUCCAGCUAUGCCACGGGCCAAGGUCCCUGCCAGUGAUCCGGUGCCAGGCACGACCUCUUCCUCGUCGGGGAUUCCACGCCGCCGCCUCUCUGUGGGGUGUGAAGUCUCAGGUACUGAAAGAUGUUGGCGAAGGGAUAACGGAGGUCCAAAUAAUCCAGUGGUAUGUCGAGGAGGGGGCAUACAUUGAAGAGUGGAAACCACUAUGUCAAUACCAGUCGGAUAAAGCCGUUGAUGAUAUCACUUCGAGAUACGAAGGCGUCGUCAAGAAGCUCCAUUUCCAAGCAGACGACACAGUACCGACAGGAAAGGCGCUCUGCGAUAUAGAAGUUGAGAAUGGGAAAUAUCCGGAUGAUAACCCGCCGCCUGUUCCAAAGACAGAACCGAUAGAACCAACACCGGCCAGGUCUUCUCCUCCAGAAGCUCCGUCAACACAGCCUACACAAACUACUACACCUGCACCAGUAAACAGCAUCACAAAUAACAAGCCGAGAUCACCUCAUGCAACAUUGGCUACCCCAGCGGUCCGUGGCAUGCUGAAGAUCCACAAUGUGAACAUUGAAGAUGUACAUGGGACAGGCAAGGAUGGGCGCGUCCUCAAGGAAGAUGUGCAGCGCUUCAUCGCCGAGCGAGACCAAGCACCUUCAACACAGCCCACUGCUCCGGGGGUGCAAGAAGAGACCGCAGUCAAAUUAACACCAAUCCAGAGUCAGAUGUUUAAGAACAUGACAAACUCCCUCAGCAUCCCGCAAUUCCUCUACGCUGAUGAACUCAACGUUAAUAACGUAAUGGCCAUUAGAAAGAAGCUAGCCAACGACCCCAAAGACCCCCAAAAGAUCAGCCUCCUCUCCUUCGUCAUCAAAGCCAUGUCCCUGGCUUUGAACGACUACCCGCUUCUCAACGCAAAGAUCGAUACAACCGAUCCGGCCAAACCACAAUUGAUCAUGCGAUCAAAACACAACAUCGGCGUCGCCAUGGACACCCCUCAAGGCUUGUUAGUCCCCAAUAUCAAAGACGUCGCCAAUCGCUCUAUCCUAGAAAUUGCCGCGGAAAUCAUACGCUUGAAUGCACUCGCGAAAGAAAGAAAGCUCACACCCGCCGACCUCAGCGGUGGCACAAUCACUGCCUCUAAUAUCGGAAACAUUGGAGGUACAUACGUCGCACCGGUAGUCAUACCGAACGAGAUGGCCAUCCUCGGCAUUGGCAAAUCCAGAACAGUACCCAUCUUUGAUGAUGCUGGUCAGGUUACAAAAGGCGAGCUCGUGAAUUUCAGCUGGAGCGCCGACCAUCGCGUGGUGGACGGUGCCACGAUGGCCCGGAUGGCUAAUCGCGUCCGGGAACUCGUCGAGUCACCGGAGCAGAUGCUGUUGAACUUGCGAUAGCUUAUACAUAGAGUUAACUCCCUGUCUGAUGCCUGCAUCUGCGGUAGUGAUUAGCGCCGGCUCAAUGCCACAUAGCAUAGAUGACUGCAAAUGGAAACAUGUAUUUUCGCC